UUUUUCCCUGUUGUAGUUUUGUGUUAUGACCACACAGGGACAUUAUAGACCGUCACAUAUUUUCAUCCAUUUUAGUUUGUCACGGCUCCUCCCAGAUUUAGGGAACCAUGAUCCUCCUUAGACAUUUCAAACAAAGAGAAUGAGAGGUGGGAAGAAAACGAUGUAAGCAGGAUUUGGACACGGGACUUUUACCAUUAUCUAACAUUUUGAACUGGAUUUAGGCUGUAACUGCGUUGAUGACAUUUACAAACGGAUUGGCCUCAGUAGAAACAUGCCUUUGCCGGGAAGAUCAAGCUCCGUGUUGCCAUGCCUCGUCUUUGUGCUGCAGUUUUUUUAUGGGAAAGCGGUUUCAGGACAGCUGUCUUACUCCGUGUCCGAGGAGGUGAAUACCGGGACGAUUGUUGGGAAUAUUGCAAAAGAUCUCAACUUAAAUAUCCUGGAUUUGGAGUCACGCAUGUUUCAGAUCGUUGCUGGAUCAAAGAGAAAAUAUCUGGAGGUAAAUCUAAAGACCGGUACUCUCUUUGUUAAUGAGAGAAUAGAUCGAGAGGAGCUCUGUGGUGAUGAAGCCAAAUGCUCACUCACUAUUGAAGCCGUUAUUAACAAUCCACUAAAAUUAUACCGAAUUGAAAUAGUAAUUUCAGAUGUAAAUGACAACUCUCCGACAUUCAUUAGCCCAUCACAAGUAAUCAACAUCAGUGAAAACGCAGCAGUGGGAACGAAAUACCCUUUGCACCAUGCCAGUGAUAAAGACGUUGGAAAGAAUUCAGUGACCACAUACAAGCUUAGUCAAAAUGAACACUUUUCUAUGUCGACACACAAAGGAGGGAGUGUGACACCAGAACUGCUGCUUCUUAAAGCUCUAGACAGGGAAAAGCAGGCCCUUAUUCAGCUCACAUUGACUGCAAUAGAUGGAGGAACACCAGCUAUGUCAGGAUCUAUGAAUAUAUUAGUAAAUGUUUUGGACAAUAAUGAUAAUGCACCUGCUUUUAGUCAAACGCUUUAUAAAGCCAAAGUGCAAGAGAAUGUUAAACUGGGAACAAUGGUGAUAAUAUUAAAUGCAACAGAUUUAGACAGUGGCCUUAAUGGACAGAUAUCAUACUCAUUUAGUGAAGUGGGCCGUGGAAAAGAAACUGACGUUUUCGCUAUUGAUAGCAAAACUGGGAAAGUAACCAAUAAAAGAAAUAUUGACUUUGAGGAAAAUAAUGUUUUUGAGAUUCGAGUUCAGGCCAGUGAUGGAGCUUCCUCUCCUCUCACCUCACAUGCUAAAUUACUGAUAGAAGUCUUAGACAUGAAUGACAAUGCUCCUGAGAUCUCAGUCACAUCUCUGGUAAACUCAGUGAAAGAAGAUGCAUCUGUUGGCACUGCUGUUGCUCUCAUUUCAGUAUUUGAUAAAGACAGUGGUAAAAAUGGCAUGGUCAACUGUAAAAUAACUAAUCAUGUUCCAUUUAAGCUAGAUUUGAAUUAUAAGAAUUAUUAUUCAUUAGUUGUGGACGGUCCUCUGGACAGGGAAACAUCAUCUCAGUAUAAUAUCAGCAUCACUGCUACAGAUGAGGGCAGCCCCCCUCUCUUCAGCACCAGUGUCAUUCAUGUCCAGGUCUCUGAUGUAAAUGACAACAAACCUGUUUUUACAGAAAACAUCAUAAAUAUUUUUAUUAAAGAAAAUGCUCCAACAGGAGCAGUAAUUAAAACAGUGUCAGCAGAGGAUGCAGACACUGACCAGAAUGGUCAGAUUAGUUAUUCACUUUUACAUGAGAACAGAAACCUGCUGUCAUCAAUUAUAAACAUCAACUCAGAGACUGGAGACAUCAUCAGCCUGCAGACUUUUAACUACGAGGAGCUAAAAACAUUUCAGUUUAAAGUUCAGGCCACAGACUCUGGUGUUCCUCCACUCAGCAGCAACGUGACUGUUAACGUUUUAAUCCUGGAUGAAAAUGACAACAAUCCAACAAUUCUGGCUCCUUAUUCUGAGCUGGGUUCUGUUAACAGUGAGACCAUCCCCUAUUCUGCUGAAGCAGGGUACUUUGUAGCAAAGAUCAGGGCUGUGGACGCAGAUUCUGGAUACAAUGCGCUGCUUUCUUAUCACCUGACGGAGCCCAAAGGAAACAACCUGUUCAGGAUCGGAACCAGCACCGGGGAGAUCAGGACUAAGAGGAGGAUGAGCGACAACGACCUGAAGAGUCACCCCUUGGUGGUGCUGGUUUCUGAUAACGGAGAGCCUUCUCUGUCAGCUACUGUGUCUAUUGAUGUGGUGGUGGUUGAAAGCACAGCUGACAUCCAGACUCAGUUCAGAAACGUGCCUCUAAAGGAGGACAGCUUCUCGGAUCUGAACCUGUAUCUGCUGAUCGCCAUCGUGUCGGUGUCGGUCGUCUUUCUGCUGAGUCUGAUCAGUCUAAUAGCUGUCAGAUGCCACAGGACAGACGGUGGUUUCAGCAGGUACAGCGCCCCGAUGAUCACCACCCACCCUGACGGGAGCUGGUCUUACUCUAAAGCUACUCAGCAGUAUGACGUGUGUUUCAGCUCAGACACACUGAAGAGUGACGUAGUGGUUUUCCCCGCCCCGUUCCCGCCUGUAGAUGCUGAACUGAUCAGUAUUAAUGGAGGAGACACUUUUACCAGAACUCAGACCUUACCUAACAAAGACAAGGUAAGCUUGUGUUUAAAUUUAUUUGCUCCAUCUGUGGUGGUCAAGUAAUGC